UUUCCUCAACUUAUUUGUGCCUUUAGACACUUUCAAGGGAGAAGGCACUUUGUGUGGACAAUUUGACCAAUUUACCCUUUUAACUACGUCUCUCUCGUUACAAUCUCUUUGUCUCUCUCCUUCUCCUAUCUCUUCUCUCACCUUAUCGACAAAAUCAAGCGGAGAAAAAAAUAACCUUUCCAUGAUUUUACUCUCUCUCUCUUUUACCAUCAUCAGUCCAUAUACCAAUUUGGUUCUACUCAAAAAAAUUCUAGGAUUUUGUUGGAAUCUAAGAUUCAGAUUUUGCUGCAAAAUUAAUUUGAAUCCUUGUCUCUGGGAUUGCUUCAUUAGUCAAGUUUCGGCUAUGGCGGAGUAGAAAACGGCGGACAUGUGAAUGACGAAGCGAGUACUCGUCGGAGGACGAAUGUACGAAGGAUUAUAAAAAGUUUUUCAGUAACGAGAUCGAUUUGUUUCCGCCGGAGUUGGGAAUUUGUUGAAUUUGGAGUAUCUUGAGGUGAAGAUAUCGUCACCGGGUUUUGGCGAUGGCUUGUCGUUGGAAAAGCUCAAUCCUCUCUAAGAGAUUCAUCACUCUCGAAUCCGAAGAAGCUUCCUCCGUCGCGAAAUCAAUCGAAGACGAAGCAUACGCCGUCGCUUCCGCCGCCGUGAUUAGUGACGACGACGAGAUCGAGAUUCUUAAAACUUAUUCUAAAGAGAUUAGUAAACGUAUGCUUGAAUCUGUGAAAGCUAAGACGAAUGUGGCUUCUCCUCCACCAAAAGAUGGUGGAAUUGAAUUAGCUGCAGAUUCGAGGUUGAUUCAAGUGAAGAUGUUAAAGAAGAUGAUGCGAAUCCAAAGCUUGACGAGGCUUGAACAUGGUGUUGUUCUCUUAUCUCUAAUUAUAUUUUAAAAGACUAUUUUCUUUGUUCAGAUUCGUAUGAGAUUAUCUUUGUAGUGUGACUUGUUGAUUUAAUUGCAUUUCUUAGAAAUAUGAUUAAUGUGUGUUCGCUUUGGUUUUGAGUCUUUUGAUGUUGGAUUCUGGAUGAUUGUGCUUUUUCUUAAUCAUAGUAAUUAACCAUACAGUUA